CUGGCUAGAGUGGGCCCGCUUGCGCUGCGCCCCGACUCCCCUCCCACACCAGUCGUCGACCGAAUCCGAGCGUCAGCCCGUGUGCCUGGUCAUCUUUUACUUUUCUAGACUAAACCGCUGUCUCGUCGGACGCUGAUCUAUGCUACUUAUCCAGGCUGUCCCUUCCGCUCGUUGUAAUUUCAUCAUCCAGGGUUUAUCAACCAUUUCACUUCCACAUCGUCACCUUCUUGGUAUUCCUUUUUGGUUUACAUUUGUACAGUCUUUCCCGUCGACUUUGUGCAUUGUAACCGUUCCUUCCUUUGCAUCACUCCACCACCAUCUUCGUCGACGCACGAUCCUAUGACAUCUUCCUUGACUCAGUAGAACCACCUAUUAGUAGACAGCUUCGUCCAUACAAGCUGUUGUCCAGUCACUCCUUCGACAACCCAACCGCACCAUUACAACUAAUACAUCAUCUAUACGCAUCGGUCUCUUGAGAACACCAUCUUAUUGACCCAUCACAUCCUCACCUCGACUCUAACUUGUAAGUGGAUCGAAGCCAUACAUGCCAAUCUGUCCUAACCGGUCCAAGUGAAUCGAGACCAUCACAUUCACAAUGGAAGGUUCAUAUCCCAUGCACCC